AUGGAGCGGCUGGGCCGAGCGCUGGCCAGGUGCGCGGUGCUGCUGUGCCUCCUGCCUGCCGCCCCUGCCCAGACCCUCGGCGAGCUGCAGGUGACGAGUUUUGCCGUGCGCUCCACCGUCGUCUCCCGCUACGCCGCCACCCGUGUUCGCUGCACCCUGCGCAACCCCCACGCUGGCCCCCGCGAGGCCACUUUCAACCUGGACCUGCCUGCCGCCGCCUUCGUCUCCAACUUCACCAUCACAGCCGAUGGCAAGGCCUAUACGGCAGAAGUGAAGGAGAAGCAGCAGGCCCAGAAGCUGUACGAGGAGGCCCGCCAGCGGGGCAAGACGGCAGCCCACGUGGGCACCAGGGAGCGGGAGAUGGAGCGGUUCCGGGUCUCGGCCAGCGUGGCGGCAGGCGGCACCGUGGCUUUCGAGCUGCACUACGAGGAGCUGCUGCAGCGGCGCCGGGGGCACUACCAGCAUGCCGUCAGCAUCCGCCCCGGCCAGGUGCUGGCCGACCUCAGCGUGGAGCUGAGCAUCGCGGAGCACGCCGGCCUCCGCUUCAUCCGCGUGCUGCCCCUGCGGGAGACCACCCUGCCGCCCUCUGCCUGGGUGGAGAAGAGCACCCACUGCGCCUGGGUCCGCUUCACCCCCAGCCCCGAAGAGCAGGCGGCCUUCUCCAGUGCUGGCAUUGCCGGCGAUUUUGUGGUGCAGUACGACGUGGCCCGGCAGGAUGAUGCCGGCGACGUGAAGAUGUACGAUGGCUACUUCGUGCACUUCUUUGCACCCGGGGGGCUGCCCCCCAUCCAGAAGGAGGUCGUCUUUGUCAUUGACAUCAGCGGCUCCAUGACCGGCACCAAGAUGAAGCAGACCAAGGCGGCCAUGCAUGCCAUCCUGCGGGAGCUGCGCGCCCAUGACCAUUUCAACAUCCUGGCCUUCUCGGAGGGUGUCAGCGUGUGGCAGGCGGACGGCUCCGUCCCGGCCACAGCGCCCCACGUCCGCAGCGCCACGCGCUACGUCGACGGGCUGCAGACCGAGGGCUGUGAGUGUUGGCCGGUGGGGGUGCCACACAGGCGGCGCGGGCACCCCGCCAGCUGCCAUGACUCCGCCAUUUCCGCAGGGACCGACAUCAACCAAGCCCUGCUGACGGCCGCCUCCAUGCUGAACCGGAGCCGCGCAGCAGAGCCGGGCCGCAGCUGCAUCCCACUGCUCGUCUUCCUGACGGACGGCGAGGCCACGGCGGGGGUGACGGCGGGCACCCGCAUCCUGGCCAAUGCCCGGCACGCCCUGGGCAGCACCGUCUCCCUCUUCGGCCUGGCCUUCGGCGCCGAUGCCGACUACGGGCUGCUGCGCCGCCUGGCCCUGGAGAACCGCGGCACGGCCCGGCGCAUCUACGAGGACGCCGACGCAGCCCUGCAGCUGGCUGGCUUCUACGAGGAGAUCGCCACCCCCCUGCUCCGCGACGUGGAGCUCUCCUACCCGGGCCAGGCCGCCCACGACCUCACCCGCAGCCUCUUCCCCAGCUACUUCCAGGGCUCUGAGCUGGUGGUGGCUGGCCGGGUGCCGCCAGGGGCAGCUUCGCUCCGUGUCCGCGCCACAGGCCAGGGCCGGGAGGGACAGCUCCGCCUGGGCGGCGAGGUGGCCGCCAACGCCACCGCGCUGCCGCCCCGCUGCUCCCCGGACCCCGCACUCCUCAGCACGUUCGUCCGGCGCCUCUGGGCCUAUUUCACCAUCCAGGACCUGCUCCGGGCCCGCUUCCGCGCUAAUGACACGGCUACCCGCCGCCUGCUCACCGACCGGGCCACCAACCUCUCCCUCGAGUACCACUUCGUCACCCCCGUCACCUCGCUGGUAGUGGUCUUGCCGGAGGAGGAGGAGGAGGGGGGACCCACAGCCGCCCCCUCCGCCGAGUCCGGCACUGCCGCGGCCACGCUGGGCAGCAUCACCGCACCGUGGCUGGCCACUGCUGCGCCAGCGAGGCAGCCUGAAGCCAUGGGCACCACCAGGGAGGCGCUGGCAUGGCCGGGGACAGCCGGCACCGCAGCCUCAGCCCUCGGCUCCACGCCGCUGGGUCCCCGGAAGGGCCCCGGCGAUGCCGUGCUGCUGCCACCGGACGAGGCCGAGCUGCUCUCGCCCGGAGACGAGGACACACGGUUCGUGGAGUCCCUCGACCCGCCGGCUGUCUACACCGUCCUCCCGGCUGGAGGUGAGGCUGGGACACCCAGGAGCCCUGUCACCUCCCCAUCCGGGAGGCUGCGGGGCCACAAGGAUGACGCAGACCCCGCGGGCGAGGACGACGCAGAUGAGGACGACGCGGAUGAGGACGACGCGGCCCGACCUUCCUCACCUUCUCCUCCUCCGGUAAGGGAGGGCCGGGGUCGGGAGCCGGGGAGGGGGCCCCAGGGCCCCCCUGACCCCGGCACCCCCCUCGCAGCUGAUGGGGACCCCCACGUCGUCGCCCGCCCACCGGGGGCGACGCAGCCCCUCUGCUUCACGCUGGACGGGCGCCCGGGGGACGUCCUGCGCCUGGUGACCGACCCGCAACGUGGGCUGGCGGUCAACGGACGCCUGGUGGGGGCCCCGGCGUGGCCCAGCGCCCCGCACCGCCCCCGCACCUUCUUCGACGCCUUUGCCGUGGUGCUGGCCCGCCCGGGGGCCCCCGCCACCACCGUCACCGUCACCCUGCAGGGCAUCACCGUCGGCGGGGAGCCCCCGCUGGCCCUGCCCUUCUCCCGCCCGGCCCGGCUGGCCCGGCCCCCGCUGGCGCUGGCCGUGGGGCCGGGGGACCGGCUCCGCCUCCGCCUGGGCCCCCGCCUGGCUGCCGUGGUGCUGCGGCACCGCUACGGCCGCCCCGGCGCCCUGCAGCGCGACCACCUCGGCUUCUACGUGGCCGACGGCCGCGGGCUGUCCCCCGACGCCGGCGGGCUGCUGGGCCUCUUCCGCGGCGCCGGCCUGCGGCUGUCGCGGGGGCCGCCGGCUGCCUGGAUGCGCGGCGACGGGGCAGCGGUGCCGGCCACCCUGGUCACCAAGGCGCUGCGGGGCCCCCAGGGCCCGGCCCGGCCCGCGCCCUGCUGGCUGGUGAAGCGCCCGGCGGUGGCGGCGCUCCUGGGGGGGCCCUACGCGGCCUUCCUCGCCUCCCACCUCCUCGACGCCUGGCGAGGGCCGCGGGGGGACCCCGCCGCUGGAUCCCCGCGGCCCUGGGGACACAGGCAGCCCGGGCUGCCAGAUCCCCACGGCCCUGAGACGCAACCGGAGCCUGGAGAAACGGAGAUCCCUGGACACGACUGGAGCCCAAAGAGAGGGAGACCCCCAACUGCCGGGUCCCCGGACCUGGAGACCCCCAGCCGCCAGGUACCUGGGCCCCAAGCGGAGCCCGGGGCCCCCCACGGCCCGGUCUCCCCUCGGGGGCCGGGACACGGCCCCCAGCGUGCCUGGGAGCCCACGGCCUCGUCCAACCCGCCCCAGCCCGGUGAGCCGGACCCCCGGACCCCCUCCGCGCCUCCCGCCUCCAGGCACGCGGAUGCUUCUACGCCUUUAUUUUUGAAUGCAGCCUUUUAA